AUGAGGCGAAAUGAUCCUUUUCAGGGAUGCACUUUGCUGCAAGUAAAAGAUGAAAGGCUCGGUACGAUUGCGGUGGUUGACAGGUUUGCAACUCUUCCAAUUUACAAGGCAUGCUACCAUCUAAAACACACAAAACUGUCUAGUAUUUUGGCCGAAAUGGAUCGGAAUGGCGAUGCUUUGGUGGAUGCUCAUGGGAUGACACCAUUUCAUAUUUUGGCUACUUCCGCAAUGCUUCGAACCGAUUUACUGGGAGGCCUCAUCGACGAAUACUCUAUGGCGUCAAUCUCACAAAAGGACAGCCAUGGAAAAAUGAUGAUGGACUACUUGCUGGCAAACAGAAGCUCGAAGGCUCCAUCGAUAAUCAAAUUGGUAUUGGGGAGAAUCUUUGAUGCCGAAAUUUCGGGCUGGGGACUCCCAAAGUGGAAGUCUAUCUUGUGUGGAGAGAUUGAAUCAUCUGAGUGCUGGGAAGGGGACAUGCAAAGUAGGCUUAGAUGCUUGCACGGGUUGUAUGAAAGACUCUUUGUUUACCGAAAAGUGGAGCAAAUGUCACUCUUGGAACUAGCAGCAUGGAAGAUUAGAAUGGGCUCUGGUGAGGUUGAUCGAGAAUGUUAUCGACUUAUAUGUGGAUCAGAUGCUGUGAUUGGGAAUGUCAAGUGGUACUUGUCCAGGGCGCCUCAUGACCAGUCGUAA